UUGUAUCAGGAAGCAGACUUCAAGUUAGCACCUUAGCUAAUUUUAAUGUAACUUCUUACGUAUAUGUAAUUUACGUUUUCUGUAUUAAUCACUGGCAAUAGAAAGUAUGUGAUUUCACUCGUAACGCGCAUGAGGCUCGUGCUGGCGAUGUGCUCGUGCUGUAUGUCUUUGAUAUGAUGCUGUAGCGCUAGCUGACGUUGCAGUAGCUAAGUAAGAAACAAGGUGCAGCAUGAAACCCAUGAUAAUGAGGCAGUGUGUUCUUCAUGGACCCAGUGGAUCAUGUCUCUGAUCCUGUUUGCCUUUGUGGUCCGGGUCAGGGAUGGACUCCCCCUCUCAGCCUCCACAGACUUUGAACACAACCAAGAGCUCCAGGAGAGGAAGCAGCAGCUCAGGACCAUCAGCAAGGCACUGGCCCGUUUCCCCGACAGAGGGACCGUCAAGGGCCAGGAGCUUAACAUACACUUCGUCUCGUCAGAGGGUGUAUCCUACAUGACCGUGUGCCACUGCAGCCUCCCUGUUGCUAAGGCCUUCUGCUUCCUGGAAGAUCUGCGCUGGGAGUUCACGACAUGCUUCAAUAGCUCUGUUGUUGCCUUGGCAAACAGACCGUAUCCAUUUUUGGAAUUUGACAGCAAAAUUCAGAAGCUGAAGCAGCAGUACAACCAGAGCGGCGGUCCGGCCCUGGAGGUGACACUGGCAGAGGUCCAGGAGGAUCUGAGGAUCCACCCACCACAAGUAAUUCACUUGGAGGAAGUGGAGCUCACCAACGGCAUUGCAAAUGGGCAUAUGGAGCAAGCUCCUGGAUCAGGUCAGAAUAUAAGACUCAAACCAGUGACAGCACCAGGCAUCCUCUUGCUGGUCCUAAAUAUCAUGUGUGCAUCUUUGAACAUAAUCCGUGGUGUUCAUCUCAUAGAGUACACAUUCCAGGAUGAUUAUGACGGUGUAGGGAAUGUUGUGGCAUUUCUUCUGGCGUUUGUCUGCUGUGUGUUUCAGUGCCACCUCUACCUGUUCCAUUCAUCUCUGAAGAAACACAAGUCCUUCACUCUGUUGAGUGUGAUCGUCCUAUGCAACCUCUACCUGCUUGGCCUGAGGAACGUGUGGCAGCUGAUCUUCCACAUUUCAGUCGCCUCCCUCUCCACCCUCCUCAUCCUCACCCGCAAACUCCAAGACAGAACCAAUGACUGUGGGGUCUGAGGCGUAGAGGACUGUUUGUUGUGUUGCACCUCUUACAGCUCCAGGUGAGAAUGACGGGGAAGCAAAUGGCUGAUGAUCCACACAAGUUAUGAAGAAGUUGUGUGGAUUUUUAUCAAAAAACAUAAUCUUGUGUUUUGAAUUUUGUGUCAUCUUGGAAAAUUAUAAUUACAGAUUAAUAUUUUCUUGUAUUCAGUAUGUACUUGCACUUUGUGUACAUUGUUUCAAAGACUGUAAAGGACAUACAGUGAAAUGCAGUUAUUUCUGGUUAACCCAAAAAAUAACACCAUAAACAAACACUAACAGAGAGGAGAUGUCUGCUUUAGAAACAAAAUGAUCAAACUCAGUCAGUGCCAUCCGGUCCCAAAAAUGAUUGAAGAAAAUGUGUUUUUUCUGUCAGAGUUGCCUGACCAAAGUUUUUCAUGUAGAAACAAUAAUAAUAAUGCUCACAUUCAGCUCAGUAUUAUUUCUGCUGCCAUAGGCCACUGAUUGUCUUUGCAGUUUACAACACAAGGUGACAGUUCAUGACUAUAACAGACAUUAGAUUUAACUGUAUUUUUGAAAUAGGCACAAAUGGCUGAUUUGCAGAUAGCUAGGUCGUCCGUCCCGCACUGGUAGCAGCGUGAUACAUAAAUUAUUUAGCGUAGUUUGAUUUAAAGGACGAGUGUGUAAGAUUGAGGGUGGUUUGUUAGGGGAAUAUGGCAGAAAUGCAUUGUAAUGCAUGCAUUUCUGAAUAUCACCUGAAAAUAAGAAUCAUUGUGUUUUUGUGACCUUAAAUGUUACACUGCCGUGUUUAUCCAGUAGCCCAGAAUGGACAAACUUUAUGUUCAUCGGCUCUUCUACAUGCUUGGAAAGGCAGGGCUCAGGUGAGGGGAAUUUAGCUUGUUGCAGUUUGCAACCUCACCACUAGAUGCCACUAAAUCCUACACACUGGUCCUGAAAGAUCAAGUAAAAAAGACAGUGCAGCUGUUUUUAUUUGUUUUCCAUUAUUUGCUCGUUAGGCUAGAGUGAAAACCUAGUGCAGAGGUGUAAAUGUAAAGCUGUGGGUUCUUUUAUGCCUUACUGUGUUUAAUUGUGUUGACUUAUAUAUAGAUACACCGGCAAGUGCUCACCUAGUUAUUACAAAGGUUCAGAUGUAAGGGCUUCAUUGUGUAAUGGAAAUUCAUGGAAAUCAUGUUCUAUCCUGAGGGACAGUUAGUCUUAUAGUCUUGAAAGACAUUACUUUAAGUCCUGUUAUCUUUUAAACACUUCAAUUUUCAACACAGUUUGUGAUCAAAGGAGAAUAGUAUCACAUCAGCUCCAAUUUUUGUACAAUCAUAACAAAUUUAGUUGUUUCAGUUUGUUUCAUCUUUAUCUACUGAUUUCUGUAUUUUGAAAAUGUAAACUGCGGGUAAGAAUACGAAAGCACUGAUUUUAUGGGUAAAAUAGUUUUGAAGUUUGUUGGAAAAAUAUUUUGACUGCACUAUUAGGUUUAGAUUUUUCUUGUGUUGGGUAUGCCGGGUCGAAUGUGUUGCAUAUUGGGUUCAGCUAAAAUUAUAUUUAUAUCCUGGUUUAUGUUAACUUGGCUGAUUUUUUUUAGAAUUCUCUCUUUCUUUGAGGUUGUUAUCUGUAGUUCUCAGAUGAUUAUAAACAUAGAAAUCAUAUGGUUGUAAUCUAUGUUUCAGUAUAGACAUCACAGCAGUGCUGCUAAAUAACAAGGCUUAGUAAAAGUCUCAUUUUAGUUCAUUUUUUAACAUUUUGUGUAUUAAGCUUCUUAGACAUUCAGUUUUUAAUAGCUAAAGAGUUGCACUGAUGUCCGUUAAGCAAGGGAAGGAAAUCAUUAGUUUAUAGUGUUUGUCAGGCAGGUAGGGUUGUGGCGUUGUGUCCUUUUCAUUAAACAAUUCCCUUUUAUCAAGAAAGAUGCAGGGAUUUUGAAGGAAAAUGAAAAGGUUGCAUCUCAUCCUACAAUCUGCAGUUUGGAAAAAUUCCUUUUAGCUUGUAGCUUACAAAGUUUACAAAACGUGAGGAAAUUCAGACGCUUUUACUUCAUGCACUUAAGCUGCAGAUAACUCAGUGGAGGAUUUUAUUAAUGCAGUUUCAGUUUGUUUUCCAGCAAUGAACAGUAGCUCUCGAGUCUUGGACAGUAAAUUUAUGAAAAUUGCAAAUACCAUAAAUAAGUGAAACUUAGUCAUUAUGUGUAAUGCCGCGUGGUAUUUUCUGUACAAGACAUUGGUGAUACUGUAAUACUUUUGCUACAAAAGAGGUUUUACUGAUUCACCGUUUCCACUGUAGACUACAAGUUGUUGACCAAAUGAAUUGUAAAAUAAUGUCACCACAAAUGUUCUGAAGACGUAGAACCAAAAAACAUGGAGGACGUUUUAAGACUUGAAAUGAAAAAUGAAGGAAUUGUGUCGAUUAUGAGAGUUUAGAUCCUACAGAUGAAAUACACUGAGAGAUGUGGAAGCCUUUUCUUUACAUUUAUUGCUUUCUUUUAUUGACAUCUGAAGUCUUAAUAAACGGUUUGAAACUCAUUCAGGUUCAGAAGGCAACCAGAAGUACGUUUAACAGGACAUUUUCUUUAUGUUGUGCGAUACAGAACGCAGCAGAGUGAAGUAAUUUGUAUCUAAUUAGACUCAUAUAGGGUUGAUUCAGUGUUUUUGUGGCUGCAACCUGUUUGUAAUAAUGGGAAGGAAUGUAACAAUGUCAUUCAUUGUAACUGCCAAAUACACUGACGAUUACAGGGCUUUAUGUUUUUCCUGCGGUGGUAAAACUGGCAGUUCAUUAAUAAACAGUGUCUGUUUUCCAUUUGUGGCUCUUUGAUGUGUUGAUGUGUCCCUGCAGUGAUAUUUUAUUGCCUUGAUUAUUUGGCUCAUUUUCCCUUUGUACU